AGCAAAAUGUACUAUCUAAAGCCACUUCGAUCCACCAUCCUGGUGCUGGCUGUACUCUGUAUUCUACAGUCAGUUAUGUCUGCUCCGGGAGCCACUGAGUCGGAUAAUGGUGCUGCUGGAUCGUUUACCUGCGAUCCGGAAAAACUUGCAGAAUAUUGCAAUAAUAUACUUAUACCUAUACCAGGCCUUAAUAAUCUAUGCAAACUCGGAAAAGGCCCUAGCGCCAUUGCCAUUGAAAAAGCUCUUGAGUCAGUUUGCAAAAAUUCAAAUAAAAUAGGUAUUUGCUCUGUCUGCACCUCUGGAACAAGUGUUACAACAACUACUCCCAAGGCUUAAAUACAGUCCCAGUAUUCGGCGGCGAUUUAACUAUAAGGCCUAUUGCACUUAAUCCCCUUGGCAUGCCAUAUAUGUAUAUAUAUACUAUAUAUAAUAAACAUAAUCCACUGCACUGCAAAAA